UGAGGUUCUGAGCCAAAGCCCUCCGUUCCCUUAGGGUCAGAAGUGCACGAGAGAUCAGAGCAGAGCUCCAUCGCUUUCUGUGCAUCAGCGUCUGAAGGAAGGCUGGCAGUGGAUUGGGAGAGAGCAGCGGCCCAGCAUUGUAGCGAUGGCGACCCUCGGGGUUGCACGAGAGGAGGUGGCCGAAAUUGCCGCCGCCGCGGCUGCUGUUCCUGCCGAAGGUGGAGACGGAGAAACCAAGAGCAAGAGUCAGGCUAAGAGGGAAGCCAAGGCUCUGGAGAAGGCACGCAAGGAUGAGUUGAAGAAGAAGCAGCAGGCCGAAGCUGCUGCUGCUGCGGGAGACAAACCGAAGAAGGCGAAAGCCGUGAACGAGGAGGAAGAGUUGGACCCAACGCAAUAUCUAAGCAAUAGACUGAAGGCGUUGGAGACAGCCAAGAGCGCUGGAUUGCCAACUUAUCCGCACAAGUUUGUGGUGUCUCUGUCCAUCCCAGAUUACGUGAAGCAGUUUUCUCAUCUCAAAAAGGACGAGAGAUUGGAGACCGAGACAGUUACUCUGGCAGGACGCGUAAUGACUGUUCGGGCGUCAUCUGCUCAACUCAUGUUUUUCGAUCUCCACGGCGAAGGGGCGAAAGUUCAACUCAUUGCGAGAAUUAAUUUUGCGAGCGGGGUUGAGCCAGAUGAUUUCGUGAAGCAUUACUCUUCUGUCAAGAGAGGUGAUAUUGUUGGCGUGCGAGGAUUUCCAGGUCGAAGUCAAACCGGAGAACUGAGUAUAUUUGCAAACGCGCUCGUCGAAGUGCUCUCUCCAUGCUUGCACAUGUUGCCAAAACAGAGGGCGUUUGUUGGGAAAGACAAGCGAGGGCAAGAUGCGGAGAAUGUUCCUGAGGCUUGGGUGCCGGGACACCCUCGUCAUCCAGACCUUUACGUUCUCAAAGAUGUCGAGACCAGGUUUCGUCAGAGGUAUCUGGACCUGAUGGUUAACUCAGAAGUUCGCCAAAUUUUCAAGACAAGGGCGUUCAUCAUCAGCUAUGUUCGCCAGUUUUUGGACAAGUUGAACUUCAUCGAGGUGGAGACACCUAUGAUGAACAUGAUUGCAGGUGGAGCAGCAGCGAAGCCAUUUGUCACACACCACAAUGACCUGAACCUGCAGCUCUUCAUGCGAAUUGCACCAGAACUGUUUUUGAAGGAGCUCGUUGUAGGAGGUCUUGACCGCGUGUAUGAGAUAGGCAAGCAAUUUCGAAAUGAGGGAAUUGACCUUACUCACAAUCCCGAAUUCACCACAUGUGAAUUUUACAUGGCCUACGCGGAUUACAACGACUUAAUGUCGCUCACCGAAGAGUUGCUUUCGGGUCUUGUGAAACAGUUAACAGGUGGUUACAAAAUAAAGUAUCAUGCAAAUGGAUCAGACCAGGAGCCCGUAGAGUUGGACUUCACCCCUCCUUUCAGGCGAAUAGACAUGUUAGAGGGCCUGGAACAAAUUGGCGGAAUCAAAAUACCUGCUGCGCUUGAUUCUGACGAGACCAACCAAUAUUUGCGAGAACAAGUGGCCAAACACGACAUCAAAUGCCCUCCACCACUUACCACCACUCGUCUUCUUGACAAGUUAGUAGGACAUUUCCUGGAGGAGACAUGCUUGAGUCCAACAUUCAUCAUGAAUCAUCCAGAGUUGAUGAGUCCUCUAGCGAAGUGGCACCGAAGUAAACCCGGCCUCACCGAAAGAUUCGAGCUGUUCAUUAGCAAGCACGAGGUUUGCAACGCCUACACUGAGCUCAACGAUCCGGUCGUUCAAAGGGAACGUUUUACUAGUCAAUUAAAGGAUAGGGCACUGGGCGAUGAUGAAGCUAUGCCUAUCGAUGAGACAUUCUGUACUGCUCUAGAGUAUGGAUUACCUCCAACAGGGGGAUGGGGAAUGGGUAUCGAUAGACUGACCAUGUACCUGACGGAUUCCCUAAAUAUAAAGGAAGUUUUGCUCUUCCCCGCUAUGAAGCCCCAAGAAGAUAUUGUACCAAAGGCACCUGAGAAGAGUACCUAAUUCUUUAUUAGACAUACAUUAGUGAGAGGUACGUGCCAGUAUAGUCAGCCUAUUUUUCUGAUUUGUCUUCCAUCCUCCAUUGGCGAGGCGUGGGUAGUCGUGAGUUGAUCGUGAGACAAUAGAGGAGAGGAAGAAGGGGUUUCUUAUCAAAAAACCAUAGAACCCUAUGAGUAAUGAGGCUGGAAUGUGUUCCAGCCGUUCAAUUUUGAAUCAUUCUGUUUCAUGUAUCGCGGUCUUUUAACUCUCUUCUGCAUCUUUUGAACAUCUGUCUGCCGUAUCACAUGGAAGGAUUGGACAAUAAGGUAGUUUCGGAAGUGUGCAGUACUAUUGUAUUACCUCUUGACAGAAUAGAUUGUUGUAUCUGACGUCAAUCGUUAUAAACUCUAUCUAGAACACAAAUCAAUCUAACAUGAUUUUAUUAUCUUAACAAAGCAAUUAUAUAAUGAAAAACAGUGGAA